ACACGAGGACGCGUAAACGGCUGUACGUGGUGUCGGAUGUCAUAUUAUAAUGAGUUUUUUUUUGUUUAAAAAAGAAAAAUAAAGCAACGUGAUAUUCUGAAGUCAUGUGACUAAAGAACAUGUGCAGCCUCUUUAGGAACUUCAGUGCAGAGGAUAAACUGCUUCAUCAUGCCAGGAAUGCAGGAAAGGAGGAGUAAGACCUAACUGCUCUGCUCCAUCUGCUUACGCAACAGAGUGACGCGGGCCAUCAAUAACGCCAAGAGGCAUCACUACGGCCACAGGACGGGACCUGCCCGGGCAUAGGGAUACAGUGUACAGUAGAGAGUUCCAGCGCCGACGACCCGCAACAACAGGAGGACGAUGAGGGCAGUGCUUGCAGAUAUGGCCCACAUCACCUCUCCCCUUAAAAAGGACUUUGCUGUAUCCCAGACCAUCUGAUCUGAUGAUGUGUCCCAAUUAAAUCGGAAGAAUUCUUCCAUAUGAUCCUCUAUACUCUUCAUAUCAAUUAACUCCAACCAGCUUUACAUUUUUCCUGAUGGAACACUCAUUAUGAUUUGAAGAUGUGAUUGAUGCUAAGUGACCUGUUGUGAACAACUCAAGUUUUUAUCCAGGGUUGCCUCUUAUUUAUAUUGUGGAAUUUACAAAAAAAAAAUACAAUUAAAUACACAUUACUUGGAAUUGGCUGAAUUACCAAAUAUGGCUUUUAAACCAGAGACAAAGAAAGUUAGGUCGCUAAGUCUUGCCGGAAUUGCUCAAGUCUCCAACGACAUUUCUAGAAAAUUUUUGGAUCGCAGUGAUUUGUCCAGGCUUUUAAGAAUUGCUUCAAAUUUUCUAAAAGAUCAUACUCAGGUGCUGGUAGAACUAGAUAGUUUCUUUGUUUACGAUCCCAAUGCCAAAAUAAAACUUGUGUUUGUAGAAGACAGUGUUUUAGUGAAGAACAUUUUUUUUAUGUCCUCAUCUAUGCAAGAGCUAGCACAAAAAUACCCAGAGAAUCUAUAUAUUGAUCUCUUUAGUAAUAUUGGUCCUGGACUAAACUUGUACAGCGUAUCCUGUGAAGACGAGACUGGUUGGAAUAUGUGUGCUUGCUGCUUAUCUAAAACAAAUAACCAAGAUACAUUAAGGUUUGUUAUAGUUUCUGUGUUGCAAAGUAUUCCAAAAAUGAAAGCGCAAAUCAAGUCCAUUGUAAUACACCCAGAGAUUUCAGAUACUUUAGACCUGAGCAUGCUCUUGCCAAACACAACAGUCAGACAGUGCAUGUUGUUAAUUGUUAAAGUUUUAGAACAGAAAAUCACUCAUUUACAAGUGGAAACCCAAACAAAAAUUAAGUCUAUCCUGCAAGCAAUGGUUCAUUCCAGCUCUGUGAAAACCUACAAUCGCCAACUCGCUGACUUGAAAGCGUCAAGCCCUGGAGACUUUUACCAAUAUUACAUUGAUACAUGGCAUCCAAGUAGGAAAUUAUGGUGUACGAAAGACAGCAAAAAGAUAAGAACAGAAAAAUCCAUACAUGCAUAUGUUGCUUCCCUUCAUUACACACUGUCCUCAAAAAUGGGCAUUUUGCCAUCCCUUUAUCAGUGUUUAAAAGUAAUUCUUCGUCAAACCCACGAGCUAGAAAGUGUUCCAGAAGCAUUAAUUGAUGUGGAUUCUCAGCCUGAGCCUGACCCCCCUUCAGAUCCAGUUGAAGAGGCUACUGAAGAUAAAAAGCAUGAAUUGGAGCAGAUGGAGUUUUAUAGUUGGGAUGAUUUCCAGUCCUUCCUGAAUAUUUGGUGUGAAGAGCAGAAAAUUAUAUUUGUUAUUCGUAAUUCAGUACCCCUGAGCAAUGAGGAAAUGAGUAGUCAUCUGAUGCAGUCUCUGAAGUACAGCAUGGUAAACCUUGGUUGCAGCAGUUAUACCAGAAAGCGGUGUCCUGCCACCAUUCAGCUGCGAUUGGGCCCAGAAAUGGACAAACUUAUCAUCACAAAAGCUGAUCUAAAUCACAGCCAUGAUUCAGAAAUUGACCUACCAUCUCGUUUUACAAGAAAACCUGCAUCAUUUGUGGAAUGUCCAGCGAUAAAGCCUUCUGAUGUUUCAGACAAAUUUAUGGACAGGACAGAUUUGACAAAGCUUCUUCACUUACACUUCCCAUUCGGCAGGGAGUCACAGUUUCUUGAUGAAGUUGAAUCACUUUUCAAUACAGAUCCUGGUGUAAAAAUAAAACUUGUUUAUUUAGAUGAUAAGUUUACAGUGAAAAAUAUAUUUUUUAUGACUACUGGCAUGCAGAAUUUGAUUCAGAAUUUUUCAGAGCAUAUUUAUGUUGCUUACCUUCCAAAUCUUAAUCAAGACUUUGAUUUAUAUUCCAUUUUUUGCCAGGAUGAACAUUUUAAGUGGAAAGUAUGUGCCUAUUGUAUAGCAAGAAAGCAGUCUCAGGAAACUUUAAGGUUUCUUUUGCUUUCUGUUCUACAAGUACACUCAGAUUUGAACAAACACGUCAAGUUUUUAACCCUAAACCCAGAUAUCCUGAAUCAUGCGGAUGCAAAGCUAUUGUUUCCUAAUUCUACAGUGAAGCUUUGCUUACCAUUUGUCUUUGAUUUUAUGCAUCAAAAAAUGACCUUUUUAAGUCAAAUGGAACAGUCCCAAAUAAAAGAACUGCUUGUGAGUCUUUCUCGGGCUUAUUCCACUGAGGUCUAUACACUGCACCUUCAUGAUUUAAAAGCUGCCUGUCCAGAUGAGGUUUUCCAAUACUAUUUUGAUGUUUGGCAUCCAUUAUGGAUUUUCUGGUCUGGAAAGGACAAAAGGACAAAUGAAUUGGAAAACUCAAUUUAUACUUAUGUGAAACAAAAGCACGAAGAAUUGAAAACGCAGCUCGGAUUAUUGCCCACUUUAAGCCAAUGUCUACAUGCUUUACUUGUUGAGGAUGAAGGCCAUGUUCAAGAACAGACUGAAUCCAGAAAUGCUUCCCUCACUGAGGAGAGCUUACCUGCCUGUGCUGUAGAAGAGGCAUCCAUACCAAUCAAGGAGGAAACCAGCACGGUUAUGGAGCAAACUGCGGAAUGUGAAGAUAAUCAGGAUUGUGAAGCUCAAAUAAAUGGCAAAGAAUUUCACAGCUGGGAUGAAUUCUGUGCAUAUUUGCAAGGCUUUACCAAAGCAAAUUAUAAUCUCCGUUUUUCACCGCUUGCUGAAGAGGAUAAGGCGGAAGUGCCCUUACCACCAAAUGUGAAUGAAUCUCUGAAGUUCAGCUGGGCACAGCUUUUAUGCAGUUGGAAGAGCUGUUCGGCAUUCAUUGAGCUGACACUGGGUCCAGAGAAAGACAAACUUGUCAUCACUCAAAGCAAUCUGCAUCAUAAUCAUGUUGAUGAAGAUACAUCUGAGGCACCACCAGAGAAAAAAUAUAAGCCAACUACUGCAGUGGGGUUACCAGCACAAGUGGCUAACAACAUAUCUAAGAAAUUUCUAGAACCAAGUGACUUGAAACGGCUUCUCCGUUUUCGUUCUGGUGCUUUCGAGGACCGUACGCAAGUGCUGGCAGAGUUGCAGUCUCUUUUCAUUUUUGACCCUGAAGCAAAGGUCAAAUUGGUAUUUGUUGAAGAUAAGUUGCAUGUGAAGAAAAUCUUUUUAAUGACCUCCACCAUGAGAAAUCUAGCUCAAAAUCAUCCUGAAUAUCUUUUUAUUGACGUUUUUUUAGACUUUAGUCAUAGUUUUGAUUUGUACACUUUUUUUUGCGACGUAAAGGGAGAAGGUUGGGCACCGUGUGCCUAUUGCAUUGCCAAAAAAGGAAUAGAUGGCAUAUUCACGUUUCUUUCAGACUUGCUUCUAGAGAUUAUCCCUUCCAUUAGUAACAAAGUGAAACUAGUCACACUCAGUCCUGACAUCCAAGAAACCAUUACCCUGGAAACUCAUUUUCCACAUGCUAAUUUGCGAUACUGUAUGCAUUUAGUUCUCAAUAUUAUGUACAGCAAAAUCUCUCACCUUGAUCCUACUGUUGAAGCGCAGAUUAAAAACUUCCUACAUAUUCUUUCACAGACUUGCUCACUUAAGGUCUAUGAACGAUAUUUGAAUGACCUAAAAGCCAUUUGUCCAGAAGGAGUUUUUCAGUAUUAUUUUGAGACCUGGCAUCCACGUAGAAAAAUGUGGGUUAAAAAGGAUAACAGGACUGAAGAGUCUGAAAGAAAUCUGUCGGAACUAGUAUCUAUCAAUCAUGUAAAACUCAAGCAAGCAGUCGGCUAUAUGCCUUCUCUGCAUCAAUGCCUUUGUUCAAUACUUGACAACCCAGCGAGAGCAUCAGGCAAUGACCUCCACAUCCAGAGAGCUGAUAUUUCAUCUUUUUGUGAUUAUGAAAAACCCUCAGUUCCACUAUUGAUUCAACAGGUUCAUGAGACCCCUGAGCAGAAUGAAACACAUUUGCAGAAUGCUGCUUCAGAGAACAGUACAGAAGAGAAGAAGGUGGACCUCCAGUGUUGAGUUUGUGCUCCGGCUUGGAUAGUUUGUCAUCAUCUCUGAAGUUAUCAGGGCUCUGAAAUAGCAUUGGAUCUCCUUUUGGAUUUAUUGUAAACUUUAUAUAAAUCUUUUCUCAAGUCAUUAUUUUGGAUCCGCAUGUAAAUAUAGAUGAAUCUUUCCAAUAUGUGCUGUUGGAGUCCUUUUCUUCUUGUCUCAAAAUAUAAAACAUUGUGUGAGUGCAUAUUUUAUUAGCGUAAGGGCCUUUAAAUAUAACCGUAU